CGAAAUCUAGAACCUCGCCACCGAAGAAGUCUGGGACGAAGACUGUUGCGCCGACUUCACGGGCAUAGUGGUCUGCCAGGAGGCGGACGUUGGGGAAUGUCCAGCCAAAGAGGUCGGCGAUGAACAGGAUUGCCACGUCUGCGUUGUCGCCGGUGAUGUACACAUCAUUGUUGGAGAGUUGGCCGGUGCGCCCAGUGGGUGUUCCUUGCCAUGAGAAGCCUUGGAUGCAGCACUUUGAGAAUGACAUGAUGGUUGAGUCGUCUUGCGGACUAGCGGAUUUGUAGUCUACUUGAGUUGGUCUGGCUUUCUGACCUUUAUGGGGGAGGUUUUAAUCUUACGUCCACAGCGUCGGAUUUAUAAGAAAAUCGGGAAGUAAGCUUACGUCCGCCGAAACGGUUGAAGGUGGCACUCUAUCGUUUCUCCCAAUGACGAUAGCAUAUCUCUUUCUUAGUAAUUUAUUAAACCCGUUAAUCCGGAAGGGCUGACAAAUGCGGGCUGCAUGUAUCAAGAGGAGAUCUCGGAUAUUUCGCCCGCAACGGCGGAAUUAAUGAAAUCAUAUCGAUCCUUUCCGACCUCGACCCCAUCACCACCCCCGAGACUUUGUCCGCCGUGUGGGAGAUAAUACAGAUGUCUACUGAUCACACCCAGCUAUGACGAGCACCCUGGAAGAAGAGACAGCCACGUCAAUACCCAACAAGGAAAGAUCAGGUAAGCGGAGGAAGGUUCGCAAAGGGACACGAUCUUGCUGGGAAUGUAAGCGGCGGAAGAUCAAGUGUACAUUUGCAUCGACCGAAGAUGUCACUUGCAUUGGCUGUGAGCGCCGACGUGCACCCUGUGUAAGUCAGGAUCUGCCGGAAGAUUUGUCUCCGGCGAGGAAAGGCAACCGGAAUCUUGUUGAGCGCAUCGCAAGAGUUGAAAAGUUGAUGCAGGACUUUAUUGCUAGCAAAGAUGUUGGCGCAGCGAGCCACUCUGAAAAGGAGGUACGGGCAGGCCGGCGUUCAAACUCGGAUGCCAGAAAUCCUUGCUCAAGUGACUCAGUGCCUUCACCAAUUCGGCCUCCCCUCGCUUCUGUAGAGUGUCUUCGAAGAUCCGCUCCAAGCUCACCACCGCUCAUACCGGACACGCAAUGUGUAUCAGGUCAAACCCAUAUUGAAAGAUGCCUUAGCCACUUACUUGAAGCCUUCCCAGGUGAAAAGGAUGCUAAAGUACUGCUCAGAGAGAGCUCCAAACUCUCACUUUACAUCGAUUCCAUCAACCAUCAGCCACAUAGCAAGCUGACAUACGAGACGCUCUCGGGACCAUACUCUAUACCUGGGCUUCCUCGUCCUAACACCCACCCUGUCAUCUUGGCCAAGCAAAUGCUGUUGUUCGCAAUCACUCUACAGAGCCCGACAGGGGAAAAGAUUAUGGACCUUUCUGAGCCACCCGGCGUGCUCAUGCGUCGUUUGAUGACGGCUGCGACGACAUGGGUAACAACCCAGGAAGACAUGCACGGAACUGUCGAGAGUCUUAUAUGCAUCAUGCUAGAAGGGAUAUACGAGAUAAACUGCGGCAAUCUUCGACGGGCCUGGAUUGUUUAUCGCAGGGCAAUGACAGUCGCCCAGUUGAUGGGUUUACACCGCUCUCCCAUGCCACCACUGAAACGCAUCGACCCAGGGCUGGAUGCGAACCCAGAGUUCAUGUGGUUCCGCAUCGUAUAUAUGGAUCGUUAUCUCAGCUUGCUGCUUGGGUUACCCCAGGGCACAACUGAUAGGAGUAUGGGCACGAGGUCCGCUGUGCAGCACGAACCGCCCCUGGGCAAGUUCGAGCGAUGCCUUACAAUCAUUGCAUCUCGCAUCUUGGAACGCAACGAACGUGCCUUUACCACGAUUGAAAUUGCGGCAACAAAAUCCAUUGAUGCUGAGCUAUUAGGGGUGUCACGGGGUAUGCCCGCAAGCUUUUGGCGACCGCCAAAUUUCCAGAACCUCACACCAGGAUCUCCAGAUACCCUGUUGGAGACAGUACACCUGGGCGCCCAGGUUUAUUACUACGGCCUUCUGAUUCAGCUCCAUCUACCGUAUAUGAUACGAAUCAGUGACGAUACCGAUUAUGAGUACUCAAAAAUUACUUGCGUCAAUGCUAGCCGCGAGAUCAUGACGCGCUACAUUGCUCAUCGAAGCUUCAACCCCAUGUCAUCCUGCUCGCGGCCUGUGGACUUCUUUACUCUCCUAGCGGCGAUGACACUCCUGCUUGCGCAUCUAGGCGAUGGUAAUCAUCGAGAAGUGGUCAACCUCCUGGCGCACCAGCGUUUGAGCGACCGCGCCUUGCUCGAUCAAGCACUGGAGAGAAUGGACAUAAUCAGUAACAUGAAACAUGAUAUUAUAGCUGAAAGGAGCGCCGAACUGAUCCGACAAUUGCUCCAGUUCGAGGCAGACACAGCGGAAGGCAACAGCUACAUUACCAGGAGCUUAACAGAUGAUCAGAUUGACGAUAACAGGGAGAGAGGCGAAGAGCUCCAUUUGAAUAUCCCGCACCUCGGGGUGGUUAAGAUUGGGCGUGGACGCCCUAUAACUCGAGAGCCAUCAGUUGGAAAUGCGACGGCUACAUCGCAUAGGACUCCGGGCGCGUUCACACAUAGAGAACCAUCCGUCACUUGUAAUGAUGGAAAAGCGCCUCCAUCUCAUGCGUCGCCGACAACUAAACAUUCCCUUAGCAAUAUGCACGGUGUAGCUCCAGGCUCCGCCCCUUUAGUCAACCUGGCCGCAUCGGAGUCGCCGAACGAGCAGUUACACCCACCCAGGUAUGAGCAGCUCCUUUUGCACAACCCUGGCUUUAGUCAAGACGUAGUUACCCAGCAGUUGCCGGUGGGACAUCCUUCAUUCACGACAGGAGUAGAUGAUUGGACUUUCCAAGGUGUCGACAUGGCUUUCUUCGAUAACCUGAUGAGAGGAACAUCCUGCUUGGAUGCUGGUAGCUUGGAAUAGUAAUGCAUUGAAACCACAUAUGUAGUGGAAAUUUCCUGUGUUU